CCGCUUUACACGGAAGUGACGGAUGUAUUCCUCUACUCGCACAGAUGAAAGCAAAACAUAGUAUUUUGUUCAUUGUUUAGACGUUUUUAAACAACGAGAUGGCGUGGAAUAGCAAAGGUUCUCCUCUCCCCCCGGCUUCACUGCAUCUCCUCGUCCCGCCAGUGAGACUAGUGUCUGCCUUCAUGUGGCAGAUAGUGCAGCAGCACAGUGUGAUGCAGUACGACAAGCUGCUGGACUUCAUCAGUUUGGCCACAGAGACCGUACCAGAGCUGCUGAGUCCCGGCCAGAGAGCCCAGCUCCUCCUGGGCCUGAGAGCCAGGCUGGUCCUGGAGCUGUGUCGGAGUGAAGGCGUGGCCCACCUGCAGACCAUACAGAGCCACCUUGAUAAAAUCCAGGUCUGCAGCACUGAACUAAGCUCCAGCGAUCAGACAGUCGGUGGUGAUAUACUGGAGACCUCUUUCACUAAUUUUGCCGGCCUGGUGCAGAACCUUUUAAACGUUCCUUUUGAAAAGGACUUCUUCUUCCAGGAGGUGUUUCCUGUAAACUAUGGCUCCGACUACGACCAAAGGCUGCAGCAGCUGGUGUCUGACUUCCUGUCCAGGCUGGAGCAGCUGCUGCCCAUACCAGACCUGCAGCAGACAGCAGCAUGGCUCACUGAAACCACAUCUGUGUCAAAAGAAUUUGGACAGUAUCUGUCCGAACCGUUUGCCAUGAACACUCUGCUGCUUCAUCACAGACAGAUGGGGACUCUCGGCUCCGCUCCUCCGGGCAGCGAGGAGGACAUCCUUUUGUCCUCUCUGGCCCUGCCUGCUCACACUGCUGUGGAGAGGCUGUCUCAGGCUUACAGUGAGGAAGAUGAUUAUGACCAUGAGGAAGAGACCCUGACAUUGGAAGGUUUAGAAGAGGACUUGGGUCAAAGCUCAGCCGUCACUGCAGACGAUUGGUUGCCAAAAAGGGAAUCAGGUUCUCUGUCCCGUUUUUUCGCCUGCCCUGAGUGUUCUUUCACUCACUGCUUAAAGAGGAAGGUCGUAGAGCACAUUCAGAGUGGGCACCACAUAAAAGCCCCCAUUCAGAAAGAACUAUUUGUGAAGAAAGCCACAGCAAAGACGCAGCAGAAAAGCCAAGACUUGAACUGUGAAAAAGUAAAAGUAAAAAACAACUCGGAGAAACAGAGGCCACAAAAACAAAGAGGAGGAGUUGCGAAAAAGCGGGAACGUAAGCCGAAGAAGAACAACUUGGAGAACAAGGAGCGACGUAAACGGAAAGAGCCCAUUGGGGAAGACAAGAGGUUCCUGAGCACGAGAACCGUCAACAAAAAGUUCACAGAGGAGGAAACCAAGUGCCUGAAGUGUGAAAAGGUCUUUGAGCUUCCAAAUCAACUGAAGACUCACAUGAAGCUCCACAGCUUUGCCUACUGCUGCAUCCAAUGUGAGAAGGGCUUCAUCAGCAGUUCUGGUUACUACCAGCACCAGAGGCUCCACAAGAAGGGGCGGAUCUUCUCCUGCAGCCAGUGCAACAAGGGCUUCCUGUGCAGCUACUCGCUAAAGCAACACCAAAAGCUGCACGAAGGGCCCUCCAGCCUGUGCACCAUCUGCGGGAAGGGCUUCAGCAAAACGGGGAUUACAAGACACAUGCAGAUGCACAAAGGGGAGAAAAACUUCCUGUGCACUACAUGCGGGAAGUGCUUCCUGUCGUCCGGGGAGCUGCUGCUGCACACUCGGUCCCACACGGGCGAGAUGCCGUACACCUGCACUCACUGUGGGAAGGGAUUUUCCAGCAAGAGCCACCUGAACGUGCACACGCGCUCUCACACCGGGGAGCGACCGUACCUCUGCUCAGAGUGCCCCAAGCGCUUCCUCACUCUGAACUGCCUGAAGAGACACAAGCUCAGCCACAACGGGGUGAAACCCUUCAAGUGUCCCAACUGUGACAGAGAAUUCUCCCAGCAGGGGAACCUGAAGAGACACCUGGCAACCCAUGAACCUGACACGUAAAGUUAGGAAGCAAAAUGUAGUCAUACCUUACCAUUUCUUUGAAAACAUGUGCAAACUCAAAAUCAACUAGACAUUUGUUCUUUUAAUCAGUAAGAAUUGGUGAGUAAAGUAUAUGAAAUCA